GGCAGCACCUAUGGGAGGCCUGUAACCUGCCAGCAACCUAUGACAAAAUGGAAAACCGCAGGAGUGUGAGGAGACCUCAAAGUGGCACAUGGCAGAGUGGGAGCAAUGGGAGGCGGUACAGGGACCCAGGUCACACUGUGGGCUCAGCAGCAGCGUGACCAGGCGGUGCGGGGGCCCAUGGCCGAUUUGGGGCCUGGCAGGCACCUAUAGAAGGCCUGUAAUCUGCCAGCAACCCUAUGGCAAAAAAUGGACAACCGCAGGAGUGUGAGGAGAUUUCAAAGUGGCACAUGGCAGAGUGGAAGCAAUGGGAGGCCGUACAGGGACCCAGGUCACACUGUGGGCUCAGCA